AUGGAGGUUACAACUUCCGCGGCUGACGCAGCGGUAAUCAACUCUGACUGGAGGGUGCCCCUUCUGGCCUACCUCCUCGACAAGGUCCUCCCAACUGAUAGAACCGAGGCACAAAGGAUGUAUCGACACGCCAAGACGUUUCUCGCCAUCGAUGGUGAACUUUACAAACGCAGCCCGUCGGGGAUAGGAAUGCUCAUGAAAUGCAUCCUCACCCAACAAGGCAAGGAACUCCUUCUCGAGAUCUAUCCUGGUAUCUGGGGGCACCACGCGGCACCACAGUCGCUGGAUGCUGUCAAGUUCUUCCUUGACAUUGUCUACCGGUUCAGUGUGCCCAACACCAUCAUCACAGACAAUAGGUCAAACUUCACAGGCAAGAGGUUCUUGGAGUUCGCUGAUGGAUACGGGAUCAGGAUUGAUUGGGCGUCGGUCGGGCACCCACGCACCAACGGGCAGGUUGAAAGGGCGAAUGGAAUGGUCCUUUAG